AUACAGCUCUAGAAACAGCAGGAGGGGCAGAUACAGCUCUAGAAACAGCAGGAGGGCAGAUAUAACACUGGAAACAGCAGGAGGAUACAGCACUAGAAACAGCAGGAGGGGCAGAUACAACACUGGAAACAGCAGGAGGGCAGAUACAGCACUAGAAACAGCAGGAGGGCAGAUACAGCACUAGAAACAGCAGGAGGGCAGAUACAGCACUAGAAACAGCAGGAGGGGCAGAUACAGCACUAGAAACAGCAGGAGGGCAAAUACGGCACUAGAAACAGCGCUGGAAUCAGCAGGAGGGCAGAUACAGAACUAGAAACAGCAGGAGGGAGGGCAAAUACAGCACUGGAAUCAGCAGGAGGGCAGAUACAGCACUGGAAUCAGCAGGGGGGGCAAAUACAGCACUGGAAACAGCAGGAGGGCAAAUACAUCACUGGAAUCAGCAGGAGGCACUAGAAACAGCAGGAGGGGCAGAUACAGCACUAGAAACAG